GAGGUCCAUAUCAAAGCUUCUCCUGAUAAGUUCUAUGAUGUUUUCUGUAACAGGCCACACCUUCUUCCCAACAUUUCACCCCAGAUAAUACAAUCUGUUGAAAUUCAGAAUGGAAAAUGGGGCACUGAGGGAUCCAUUCUGACCUAUAAUUACAUACUUGAUGGGAAGAUUUGUGUGGCGAAGGAGUUGGUUGAAGGCAUAGAGAGGGAAAACAACAAAGUGAACAUGAAGAUUAUAGAGGGUGACGUUCUGGAGCAUUACAAGACCUUCAAAUAUGAUUUGCAAGCUACUCCAAAGGAAAAUGGUAGUGUGGUGCAGUGGAUAAUAGAGUUUGAAAAACACCAAAACAACAUUCCUGAUCCUCACAUCCUGUUGCAAAAGGCAGCUGAAAUCACCAAGGACAUUGAUUCUUAUCUUACUAAGAAAUAAAACCUCGUAUAUGUUAUGCUGCUGCUGUCUAAGAAAUAACGAUUGAUGUGAAUUAUGGGGC